AUGGCCUAUCGAGUGAAUGCCAGCAACUGGGCAAUGCCUGGUCGAUCACCAGGAUCAGCAUAUGCAGCUUCCGAAUAUACAGCGUCCGAGUUAGAUCCCAAUGAACAAGAAGACUGGGACGAUUGGGAGCGUGAGGACCAAUACGAUGCUGAACCCAAGUGUUUGUUUUGUGCUGAAACGUUCGAGUUACCCGAGGAUGCCUUCCAACACUGUCAACAAGUGCAUGGUUUCGAUUUCUUGGCUGUCAAACGCUCGCUGGGCCUCGACUUUUACAAGUGUAUCCGCAUGAUCAACUAUAUUCGCAAGCAGGUGCAACUCAAACCGGAUCUUGCCAACACCAAGGAAUUCAAAUUGACCGGCGAUGAAGACUUUUGGGAGGAUGAUGAAUUACUGCAACCCGUUUUGGAAGAUGAUGCGCUCUUGUUUGCUUUUGAGGAAUUGGAAAUUGCAGAUGAUAUCCCAGAGGAUCUUUUGGAAAAGGAAACUCAAGUUGAUCUCUCCAACAUCCAACCUACCACCGAGCUUGAAAAGAAGCUUCUUGCCAUGCUCCAGAGUGCCGAUGAACGAUAUAGCGAAUUGAAGAGCCAAUUUGAAGACUACCAAACGAUGGUCAAGAAAACAUUCUUGGAUAAUAUCAUUGAUGACACGCGAAGUGAGCGUUCUAUGUCCGUUGUGAGCGUCCGCACUGGCACUGGCAAGGCUCUUGAGGAUGAAGGAAACUAUUAUUUUGAAUCCUAUGCACACAAUGAAAUCCACGAGCAAAUGUUGAAAGAUAAAGCACGGACCGAGGCAUAUCGUGAUUUCAUGUAUGAGAAUAAGGAUGUGUUCAAGGACAAAACUGUGUUGGACGUUGGAUGCGGCACUGGUAUCCUAUCCAUGUUCGCUGCCAAGGCAGGAGCAAAGAAGGUCUUUGCCGUGGAUAAUUCAAACAUUGUGCAAAAGGCUGAAGCCAACAUCAAGGAGAAUGGAUUGGAUAAUAUCAUCACCGUGAUCCGUGGCAAAGUGGAAGAGAUUAGUCUACCUGUUGCACAAGUCGAUAUCAUUGUGUCAGAGUGGAUGGGUUACUUUCUGUUGUUCGAAGCCAUGUUGGAUUCAGUUCUCAAUGCUCGUAACAAGUGGUUGGCACCCAAUGGCAUCAUGGCACCUAGCCAUACCCGUAUCCUGAUGGCUGCUUUGGAUGAUGAGGAUUUGAAGAAUGAUCGAUACAACUUUUGGGACGAUGUAUACGGAUUCAAGAUGUCUGCAAUGAAGGGACCUGUUAUCAAUGAAGCCUUGGUUGACUUUAUCAAGCCCCAUUGUGUCAUGUCUACUGUGGCGACGCUCAAAGAUUUGUACCUGCAGCAAAUUGUCACACGCCAACUUGAUUUCAAGACACCCUUUGAAAUUGAAGCAACCCGUGAUAGCACUGUGUAUGCAUUUGCUGGUUGGUUUGAUACAUGGUUUACUCGCGAUGGCCAUCCAAUCCCGCUAUCUCAAGAAGCACAGCGUGUGAAUGGCGAAACUUAUUUGACCACAAGCCCAUUCGGUGAAGAUACACAUUGGAAACAAACCACUUUUGUGCUCGAGAAACCAAUUCCUAUGAAGCGUGGGUCCAAGAUCCGAGGUGUCUUUACAUGUCAUAAGGGCACAACGAAUCCACGUGAGCUUGAAUGUGAGAUUCAAUAUUCCAUAGACGAUUCAAGUGAAUUGCAUAUCCAAAGCUACACAUUACGAUCAUAA